AUGCUGGACCGUCUGGGACAAAGCCAAGUCAGGGAACAUGUCACAGCGGACGGCAAGCAAAGUGUUGUUGUUAUUUGCCCCGCAGGACAAGAGUAUGCCAUCUCUUCUGCUUUCCAGAGGUUCUUGGCAGAAAUGGUGGACUUCUUCAUUUUGGUUAUUUUAAUGAUCGACUUCCUUGUCGGGAGGAUCUAUGAGAACAUGUCCACGGUGGAGAGGCUGGCUGUGGCUCUGGUCUACAGGCUGCUGGUCUCCUUCUACGAGACCCUCUUUAUUUGGGGUGCCGACGGUGCAACUCCAGGGAAGUUCCUGCUCGGUCUGCGGGUAAUGACGUGUGCCACGUCCACUCUGGUCCGACCGAACCGCAUCUUGGUGGUCCCAGCAUCCAACGUCUCCCUCUCUGCCUCUGCAGUCCGGGCCCUGAUCAAGAACUGCUUCAUCGCCUUCCUCUUAUUCAUCUUCAGCACGCCGCUCAUGAACCAGAACUUCUCCAUCGCCUUCCUCUUCCCCGUCUUCAUCCCGCUGCUGUACCUCCAGCACAACAGGACUGUGUACGACAUCGUGGCGGGGACCAUAGUCGUCCAGCACCGGUGGGGGACGUAGCUCCGU